GGAAUAUGAUGAAGUAGGCUGCAGUCGGGAUUAUCAGAUCACUCACGGAUGCCUAAACUCCCUGGACCAAUCCUCUCACAAGCGGCUCAGGGGAGACUGCGGCGCAGAGAAUCGAAAUUACUAGGCCCAGAGCGUCGCGAUGGCGAAUGCGAGAACCUUGCAGGUGUUGCUUCUGGGCCUCGUGAGUUCAGCUGUCAUCUUCAAUUCAGUGAAUGUGCAGGCGACUAGUUUGCUGUUUGCGUUCGGAGACUCAUAUGCUGACGUAGGAAACACGCUCAAGGGCAUCAGUCCCGCGUGGCGAUACCCCUACGGCAUCACAUGGCCACUGCACGAUCCUGCGGGUCGAUUUUCCGACGGCAAGAUUUCAACAGACUGGAUCGCGGACCUGUUGGGGCUUCCCUUGUACCCACCUCCGUACCUGUACACCGCCGGUGAAAACAUUUCAUAUGGCGUGAACUUCGCAGUUGGAGGCUCAGGCGUCUUCAAGGUACUCAGCAACGUCAGUUUGGACGUGCAGGUUGACAAUUUCGAGCUGUUCCUCCGCACCGAUCCUUACUCUAAGGCUGCUCUUGAGAACUCAGUGACAUACGUGUCCGUGGGUGGAAAUGAUUAUUUGGCUUUUAGGGGAACGACCGAAGCAGAAAGGUUACUGUACAUAGAGAGGGUGAUUAGGGGAAUUCAAGCUAAUUUGCAGCGGCUUUACGACCUCGGCCUCCGCCAUGUCAUGGUAGCAAAUAUACCUCAACCCGAUUGCCUUCCACUCUUUACCGAGAAGAACAACUGGACCAAUUGCACAGGUGAGACAGGUCCACUGAUAAAUAUCCAUAAUUCCUUCCUUCUCGUAGCCGUCGAAAACAUCAAUGCUCGUAACCCGGGAGCGCGCUUCAUCAUAUUGGACCAUUACUCCGCGUUCAGUCGACUGCUGUCGGAAGCGGAUGAGCAGGGUUUCACCGAUGGUUUGAAGCCAUGCUGCACGGGUACCACGAACACAACAAAAUGUGGCGAUGUCGACGCAUCUGGAAAGUGGCUAUACACCGUAUGCAAGCAUCGAGGGAGGGCUCUCUUCUGGGACUCCGAGCACCCUACCAUGUGGGCAUGGCACUACAUUAUCGACCUCUACACCAAACAACCCAAUUACAUUUUGCUGGCUGGUGUUCCAACUUUGAGGGAUUGGUUGCAGAACAACAAUGCUGCACCGGAGCCCACCGCCGCUCUCAUGUCCCAACCUGGUUCAGACUUGUUGAGUGUUGCCGGACAAGUUCAAACUGCGCUCAACUGCUUGUUGGACAAGCCGAAUUAUUCUGAAGCACUCGGCGUUCUCCAAUCGUUCAGCUUGGAAGCCGUUCUAGCGGAGAAUCUUGGCGAGGAUGUUACUGUCUUCAUCCCCAGCAAUGACGCAUUCGCUGCCACUGACCAGGCUUUUAUCGAUGGGGUAUUCUCGAUGAACAAGGUGAACGAUGUCGCUGCUUACCAUGUCGCCAACGGUUACUUCGACUACAACACCAUAGCCACAGUGCGGCCUUCAUUCGUGAUCUCGGUAACAGGAGAACAGCUGCCGAUCUACUAUCCUCUCAAGGGGGUUUUCGUCGGAUUGGGUUCGCAAGCCGAGGUUGUCGACCCCGACUUGUGCGUCAUGCCCGACGAAAUGGUGAUUCACGGCAUCGACCAUAUCCUCAUGCCUCACAACUUCUGAGCAAAACGCGUGCAUGCUACUGUGCUUCAAAUUUCUGACUGAUUAGGAACUUAGAUUUUACGGAAUGCUUGUUUUAGGAUGAAAAGUUUCUAAGGGAGAAAUUUUGGUGCAACGCUCUCUGAUCUGCACGAAGGCUGUUCCUGUGCGCUGCAUCAAUCCGAGAGGGAAGUUGAGAAGUGGAACAGGUAUAAGCUAUUUAAGAGGUCUAGAAAGUGUUGAUGUAAAUAGAUGUACAGAUUCUCUUGGAAAACUCUUUCGAUGGUUCUGUGGACUGAUUGCAAAGCUGGCGAGAUUAGAUUACUGCAAGCUAGAAACAGAAUAACGUGAAAGUCUUUCAGCUGUUGUGAUUUGUCAUUACGGAAACUUUUCUUUUUUAACUUUUGAAUAUAUAUGUGCAUAAAUUAAGCCUUUGUGGUCUUUAAUUUAUUUCUGUAA